ACGUCCUGAGUUGACAACAAGGGGCAGAAUGGCUGCAGUCAUGGAAGCCGAACUUGACCGCUCCCCAUCGCGGGUGACUGAGGACAACACCAGCGAGGGAGCCCUCGUAGACCAACGUCUCUUAGCCGAGGAGCGUGAACUUGUCAAGAGGCGCUUAGCAGCAGAGACCGCGGAGCAAGAUGAAGUGGCGCAGCAGGAGGGGCUGGCUGACAGCCGUGCUGGGGCUAAGCUAUUGGAGCUCAUGGGCAAAUCACAGAUGUAUAGCAGCUUCCUUGCAGAUCAGUUUAAGGACGUUGUCGAGCACACUAUGGCUGUUGCCAACGGCUCUGGAGUAGCAGAAGAGGUAGAGCGGCCUGCCAAGCGCUCAAAGACAGGGCGUGGCAGGAAGGCAGCUGCACCCCCACCCCCGCCCACUGCAACCCAGCGGCUUCUGCCCCUCAUCCGCGCCGAGAUGCGCGACUACCAACUCAAAGGAGUGGCUUGGCUGAUCAGCCUCUACAAGAACGGCGUCAACGGCAUCCUAGCUGAUGAGAUGGGGCUGGGCAAGACGCUGCAAACCAUCGGCUUCAUUUCCUACCUCUGGACGCACUGCAAGGACACGAGCGGCAAAUACAUGGUGGUGGGGCCGCUGUCUACGCUACCCAACUGGGUGUCGGAGUUCAACCGCUUCUGCCCGGACAUCCCCGUGCUGCUUUACCACGGCACGCCACAGGAGCGCGAGGAGCUGCGCAGUACCCACAUGAAGCAGGGAGGCAGCCAGCAGAUGCCGGUCAUCGUGACCAGCUACGAGAUCGUGAUGGCGGACCGGCGCUACCUGGAGCGGCACAGGUGGAAGCUGGUGGCGGUGGACGAGGGACACCGGCUCAAGAACUUUGACUGCCGGCUGCUGCGGGAGCUGCGCUGCUUGCAGAUGGACAGCCGCCUGCUGCUGACGGGCACUCCCCUGCAGAACAACCUCAAGGAGCUCUGGUCGCUGCUCAGCUUCUGCAUGCCACAGAUCUUUGCAGACGCCAACCAGUUCCUGGACUGGUUCGACAUCCGCACCCCGGCCGCUGCGAUCCCCGCUACCGUCACCGCCCCUGCAGCGGCUGGGGCGGCGGAUGCGGGCUCCGCAGACGGCCAGCAGGCAAAGCCCAGCGCCGGAAAGAGGCGCGGCCGGCCAUCGAAGAAGCCUUCCGCUGCUUCCGCAGGUAGCAGGUCGGAUGCUGGAGCGUCUGGGUCGGAUGCAACCGAGAGCACUGGCGAGAAUAAGGCUGCCGGCGCAGCUAGCAUGGUGUCCCGCCUGCACGCUAUCCUGAAGCCCUUUGUUCUGCGGCGCGUCAAGGCAGACGUCAACAUCGGCGUGCCGCCCAAGCAGGAGGUGGUGCUGUACGCGGACAUGACGGAGGAGCAGCGCCGCCUCACGCGGGGCCUCAUUGACGGUACGCUCAAGGAGGAGCUGGCCAAGGAGGCGGCGGUGGGCGCCCGCACCGGUAGCCUCAACAACCUCAUCAUGCAGAUGCGCAAGGUGUGCAACCACCCCGACCUCAUCACCGGCCCCGCCUCCGGCUGCACCGCCUACCCGUCCGCCGACCAGCUGGUGGAGCAGUGCGGCAAGCUGGCACUGCUGGACCGCCUGCUCAAGCAGCUGCGCAAGGGGGGGCACCGCGUGCUCAUCUUCUCACAGAUGACUGAGAUGCUCAACGUGCUGGAGGCCUACCUGCAGGACCUGGGCAUCCAGGCAAUGCGCAUCGACGGCAGUGUGCCCUGGCAGCAGCGCAAGGAGGGAAUCGCAGAGUUUCAGAGCGGCCAGUCGGACAAGUGGGUGUUCCUGCUGUCCACCCGCGCGGGCGGCCUGGGCAUCAACCUCACGGCGGCGGACACCGUCAUCAUCUACGACUCCGACUGGAACCCGCACCAGGAUUCGCAGGCCAUGGACCGCUGCCACCGCAUCGGCCAAACCCGGCCUGUGCUGGUGUUUCGGCUGGUGACCAGCAACAGCGUGGAGAACCGCAUGCUGGCCAAGGCGGACUCCAAGAAGGCGCUGGAGCGUAUCGUCAUGAAGAAGGGCGCGUUUAAGGAGUUGCUGCAGACCACCUCCUCCACCUCGGCGGACGAGCUGGCACAGCUGCUCAACCCCGACCGCCGCUCCGGCGACCUGGCGCAGUCGGGAGUGGUUUCGGAGGAGAUGCUCCAGAAGCUGCUCGACCGCUCCCACCUCGCAGCCGCACACGAGCAGCAGCAGAAGAAGCUGGCGCAACAGGCGCAAGCCGGAUCGCAGCAGAAGGGAAAGGAGGAGGAGGACAAGGCGGGCGGUGAGAGCCGGGGGCCGCCGCUGCCGCCGUAUCCGCUGGUGGGUGUGGGGUAUGAGGUGGUGGUAGACGAGCCCCGGCGGGCGGUGGGGUUGUUGCAGACGAUUGAGGUGGACCAGUCGACCGUCGAGGAGGAGCCUCCGAUGGUUGAGGAAGAUCAAGAGAAAUCAGCCUGAGAGGUGUCGAGAAGGAUGAGUCGGUCGCUUUGCUUUCAUGUGUGGGCCCUAUGCCGCCUUUCGUACAGCAGGCCGAACCUUAGCGGCCGAAGGGGGAUGGUGGGCUCGUGUGUGGUCCAUGUGAAGAGGACAUAUGGAGUGGCUUGCCUGAUGUAUGUGAGUUGUACCAGUUUGAGGUGUGGUGGUCUUCUAGGCCGUAUGCUUUGGGACGCACGCACACGGAAACCAGUCGGAAACUGACGGGUGACUGAGAAGCUCAACGCAUGACGUGUUCUGUUCUUUAUGACUUUCUGCAUCGGGUAUCAAAGCUUUUCGAUUGCAGGGUUAGAGGUCCCUUAGGUGCUGUGUACUAGAUAAGAGGAAACUCGGCAUGGCCGGACAGUAGUGCACGGGGCGGCUUCCAGAGCUUGCGGUAUGCAUCUUGACUCCUGUACUCAACUAUUGCAAUAGUUUGAGUUGUUCGGAUAAGGUCAUCGUAGUUAGUAAACAUUUACCGCUGUUGGCAAGAUAGCCAAGUUGAGUUUGGGGCUCGCGUGGGCCUGGAUGUGUAUAUCACAACUUUAUUGAUGCUUGGGAAGCUGGGAGUGUUUUUGGGACCCACCCUGCUACUUUAGUUUGUGCAAAACACCGGUAUUGCAGCCUCUCCCCAGCCAUGCAAUCCAAUCCACCUUCCAGCUGCCUAUGUAGCUGUCUCCGU